CGCUAAAGGAUCACAACAGCACGUCAGUAUAUAAGGUCAGAUCGAACCAGCGUUCCGCUCUGUUUUUAAUGUUUUUACGUCACCAUAGCAAUACAGCCAUGCGCCAUAGCGACACGAUCUGUGUUGUUUUAAUAUGGCUUCAUAUUUACUCACUUUCUUCGUCUUAACCAACUGAACCAUGGGCAACAUGUACCGAGGACUGAAUAAAACAGAUAGGAUUCCGGCUUACACCGUUUCAACUUCAAUACCAACACAAUACCAAAGAGUGGUGAUAACAAAUAAAGAAAAGAAAGGUUUUUCAUCUCAAGCUAGGAGAUUCCCUUCACAAGUCUGUCUGAAUGAAAAUCCAGGACCAGGCACCUAUGGCUUUAUUUCUAGUGCUGAAGUCAAAAGUCCUUCCUUCUCAAAGAAAGGCACCACAGGCUUUGUUGCAUCCAAGACUGCCAGGGCUUCUACUAACCCACAGAGAGGCAUCCCAGGACCAAAUGCAUACAACCUGCAGAGCUCCUUCAUAGACAAGAAUAACUUCAACAUUGGCGUCUCCAGGGUGUUCAGGUUGCCUGUGGCUGUGCAGCUGGAUGGCCCAAAGCACAAAACUCCAGCCCCAAAUCAAUAUGAUGUCAGUUGUGUUAGUAGAGAAAGCUUCUCCACAGUUGUUGGUACAUCAACUUUCCUGUCAAAAACUGGACGCGAUGCUUUUUACCUAAACAAAAAUGGGCCAUCACCAUGCCACUAUGAGGUGACCAGCCACUUAGUCCAGCACGGCUCCAAGGCAGUCUUGUCCCCAUUCAAAUCAAAAACCCAGAGAAUCCCUCCUCUGGUAAACAACCAUGUACCAGGCCCAGGAGCCUACAGUCCCCAUCAGACCCCUGCACCGGUGAAGAGGACCGUCCUGCCGAGGGGAUAUUAUUUGGCAAUAUCAGCGCCUCCUUUGAUUGUCCCUAAGGACCCUCCCUUGCCAGGCCCUGGGCAGUAUGACAUAGGGGAUUAUACCGGCCUGUCUAAGCGUCCCAUGCCCACUGCUGCGUUUGCAUCCAGAACUGAAAGGAUACCCCAAAACCCACGAGCGGACAUGAGGCCAGGUCCAGGUUUCUAUGAUCCACACAUUUCGCCUAAACAAUCCUUCUUUUACAACGACUCCAGAGUCUGGCUUCCUGUAUGAAGCUUUCAAGGAAACCGGCACUGCAGAUAUGAACAUUUUUUACACACACAAACUAAUAAACAUUGCUUCUAUGCAAGGUA